UAGCGGCAAAUUCCGAAGCGUUUUGACGUUCACGGAAAAAAAGCGGUUUACCAUUUCAAAACAUUGUUUACGAAUGGUGGAACGGUAGCGUCCGUUUCUGCGGUAGGGCAUAUUUUUCUAUCUUUAAAACAAGUGUUUUUCAUUCAAAAAUGAAUCGUGAGGAAGCGAAACCGAAGCGAGACCGUGAGAUGGAAAGUUUAAAUGAUGGAAGCAUUUUACCCGACGAUAAGGAACUCGCCAAUCGUUAUAUAGAAUGGAAAAACUUAUUUGAUAAAUACAACAAACCAAAUGAGGACGAGGAUGGUAUGGCAAUCGAUGAUGCGAUUCAGAGGUAUGCAGAAGCGGAUGGUAACGACCAAAAAUAUACGCAGCUAGAGGAAGCAUUGGAAUGCAGCACGGACGAUGACGACAAAGCUUGCAGUAAGAGCGAUUAUGCUGCGUUGAAGAAUCAAUUGACUUCUGCUGUGAAGAAACGAAACACUGAGUGGAAAAACAACGGCAUGGAAGAGAUCUUCAACAGCAAUUUUUCUCUCGGCGUUGAUUACGUGCAAAAGUGGUUGGCGGAUCAUGAGCACGGUACCGCCAAGCAGGUGACACAGGAACGAGAAACACGUUUCACGGAGUACAAUGGCAAGUCACAGAUGGAUGUGACCCAUCGGGAGAACAUUUCUAUACUGAACGACACCGACAGGAAACAGCUAACGUCGGAACAUUGUUCCAACUAUGAAUUUUGCGACAACGAUCAAAGAAGAGUAAUCGUACAUCAGGUAGAAAAGACAACCAUUUCUUCGUUCAUCACGGUGGAUCCAUCUCAAUCCAAUGGAACUGGUGGUACGAUCCCAAAGUUGCCUAUGAACAGCUUUUUCGGAAACGUUUUCACACCUUUUAAGUACCCCCAUACUGUUGAAAAACGUAAACCAUUAACAAAUGGCAAAUUUAGUGCUGUAAAACAGCUCCACGGACGAACUACAGCUAAUAACAGUAUUUUCGACAGUGGAACGCUGAUUAGUUUGAUGGAAAACUCGUUGAAAAUAGUGCCAAAAUCUUGCGUUGCAAAUGAUGUGCGGAAAAAAUCUCAAAAACCUUACCGAAAGCGUCGGGUGCAUUUUAAACAGUCUAAAACUAAGCGCCAAAUUGUUAGUGAUUCAUCUGAAAGUUCUGAUUCGGAAACAUCAUCCAAAGCAGACGACUCAGAAGAAGAAUUGCAACCAAAUAUCUCCAAACUACCGUGCAGUAUGCCUGUCCGUGUGAACAGUAAGGAACAAUCCAUUCGUUGCAUAUCGUUACUGUCCGAAUCUAGUGAUAAUUCACUGUGCGAAACGAAAGUGGACCCUCCAUCGCCACCAACAGGCACCACCUUAAGGAAUGAUUCAACUUAUACCGAUAAAGGUAACGAGAAACUUUCGAAAGAUAUUCGCGAAUCCGCGCCUACACAAACCGGACAGAAAUAUCCGAUGCCGGCCAACUAUCGCCAAAUGUUAGCCGUUAAUGGGCGCUGUCGGUACAAAACGGACGGCACCAUUAUUUAUCGUCCCAAACCAAUACACGCGGGAUUGCCAAAGGAUGCUGAAAAAAUCGUAAUCCAAACCCAAGACCUGGAUCUUAGUGGUAUCAAAUCCAACGAUCGUCGCAAAAAGUUCGCUAACUUUUCGUGCCAAGCGCAUCCAAACUCGGUGCUCGUGUACUACAUGAGCGAUUCGGACGAUGAACUGUUUGAUGCGCUACCGGUGCGUGAUUCGGACGAGGAUUCAUCGGAAGACGACGAUCCUAUACUCUCCUAUAAACCGCAGCUGUGCAUACUGACCUUUUUCAACGAUGGAAAGCAGACGGGCUAAUUUACAACAAUCGCAUUCGUGCCCGAUUGUAGGCGACAGUUUUAAAGUUAGGGUGAAUUUGAAUGUGUCAUGUUACAAAUUGCAAUUUAUAUGCGUUAAACGUUAAAGUAACUUCUAUGAUUUAAGACUUUAAAGUAGGACAAUCGUAAUACUUCCCUAUAGUCUUAUGUACAACGAAGAUUGUAUGUAUUUUCACAGGAGCGCAAUAGAACUUUAUCAAAAAGCAGCCUACCCACCUGUCCCUAUAAUUAUCAUCAAACGGCCGUAGGAAAGAAAAGCUGUUGCCAACCCCUAAAGAAAUAGCGAACAAAAAAAACAUGGUGUAACAACAUUUAAUUGCAUCACGAGACAGACCGCCAGUUUCUAACGUUACCGAAAGUUUUACCGUUUUUGCAAAAUUAUGCUCGCUGCGUGUAUUAUAAAGUAACAGCUCGGUGGAAGUUAAUCUUUCGUGAUUUAUGACGAACUUCCCGCACGGUUGUGUCUGCUGCAGCAGCUUCCAUCCGCACAUUACCAGCACCUGGGGAUGGUUGAAAUAUGCGGGAGAUAAAUGGAAAUGUUUUUCUGGCAGCUUCCAAAACAAAACACAAAGGACACACUUUUGCACAAAUUUCCCUGUUUCUAACAUAAAGUUAGACUGUUUUUUUUUGCGAAAUUUUAAAAAUUGUUUUCAAAUCAAACUUUCAGGUAGAUUUCAUUUCACAACGUGCACCACGGAUGCAUUCCAAUGUGCCAUAUUUGUUAUGGUUAUAGGUACACUCGAUACUCGGUACUAGUGCGGCCUGUCGGUUUCGAUAAAAGGCGGGCUAUAGGGCGAGGUUUAGGGUUUAACGGAUUUGGUAUCGGUAUCCGCAAUCGGACGUGUAAGCUGCAGGCCGUGUGGAAUUUGAUUUAGAGCAUGUACAACAUGUAAUGUUUGCAAUCUGUGCUGUUCGAUUGGUUGGUAUGCUUGUAUGCUCACCCAUCCCUCCAAAAACCUCCACCCUAUCGCCCCUUUUCGGCCGGUUGAUGGUUGUCGACCGAUUUACAUGUUCAUUCCGGGUUCGGUGCGUUGUAGCAAUGGGAUUGUGUCCAGUGAAAUGGGGACUGGUAAGGAAAUAGCAAUCAAUUUUUGAUGGAAAAUAACAAACGUAGCGUUCUAUUGGUAGCACAUCCACAUUUAAUUUAGCAUUAUUGGUUGAUAUACAAUAUAUUGAGAGCUUUGAAACAGAAAGGCUCACAGAAAGAAUGGUGAUUUAGAUUUUUUUUUUGAUUGUGAAAAUAUUUCAAUUACGUCCUGUUGAUACCCGAUUAGUAUCAUUUAAAUACUUUUAAGAGCAAAAAAAACACACUUGUGUUAAAAACAUAUAAUUUGUUAUUUAAACUAAUAUCCUGUAUCCUAAUAUUAUCUCUAUUUUGUAGCCUUUAUGUGCAAUUUGUUUCGAGGCGAAUUGGUGUGCUGUAGGUCGUAACUUACAAUUCUGCAAGGAUUUUCGCACAGGACGUUGUAAAUCAUCCGUAAUCGAUUGCUGCUGCAAGGAUUAUUACAUACGACUUAACCAACGAUUGGAACUGUCGGUUUCCGCACGAAUCGAUUUCGUUGUCUUCCUUGGACGUCCUUACGGUGAACGAGAACGUUGGCACAUACUGCCCCAACUCGUAAUGUUCAUUUCGGUAUUUGACUUACUGCACCGAUUCUAUAAGCGGAGAGGUUGGGGUGGGCAAUGAUCUCAUUCUUCCGCACGCAAUCGGUGUCCAUAGCGCAAGGCAUUAAUUUAUCACGACAAAAUGAUAAAUGAAGCUAAUGCCAACGCACCCGUAAGGGUGUACUUGGGUGUACCGGGGUACCCUGGAGAGCCCGAUAUAACACGAUAACAACAUAUCGAUCCUGCUGGUAUUUUAACCUACAGCCAACAGCAGCUGGGGAAUAGUAAAUGGAAGAAAAACUAGGUCAAUGAAGGCAUGGACCCCGCAGGGAAGGAU